UUCCUUCCUCAGGCUAGGGUUAGGGAUCCUCGGGUCGGAAGAAUUAUCGGGCGAUGGCAAGCGAAGGAUACUCGGCCGAACCAAGGAUGAAGAGCGAAGGAUCGAGGCUGGGUGAGCACGUCCCUCAUGUCAUUCCUCCCAAAUAUUGCAUAUCAUACGUACAGGAGACUAUCAAUAGCUGGAUAGAUGGACAUAAUGCUAAAUAUAUGCAAUAUAAUGAACAGAUGAAAGAGCACUUGCACUGUUUGGAUAAAAUAGAAGAAAAAUGUUUAGAUAAAACAGAAGAAAAACUGAAUCAUUAUGAACAUUUAAAGAAUGAUCAUAAAAUAAAAUUGAUGGAGUUGGAGAAAAAUUAUAUGUUGCUGUCAGAUGAAAGGAAGAAGAUGAUAGAACUUAUGAAAGAGCAUUUGCACUGGUUGGAUAAAAUAGAAGAAAAAUGUUUGGAUAAAACAAAAGAAAAACUGAAUCAUUAUGAAUGUUUAAAGAAUGAUCAUAAAAUAAAAUCGAAGGAGUUGGCGAAAAAUUAUAUGUUGCUGUCAGAGGAAAGGAAGAAGAUGAAAGAAUUUAUGUUGAAGAAAAUGGCGUUAUGGGAGAACAAGCAUAAAGAUAUAAUCGAAGAGCAAGCUGAAGUUAAUAUCUUUGAAGAAGAAGAGCAAGCUGAAGUUAAUAUCUUUGAAGAAGGAAAUGAUGUAGUAGAUGGUCCGAGGAAGAGCAAGAGGAAGAAGGCCAAUUGAGAUCCUGGUUUAUUGUUUUUCUUAUGUUUGUUUUGUUCUUUCAUUCCAAAUGGAAGAGAAAUACAGAUCGUCACUUUAAUGCCCACAAAGCUUCUUGUCGCUUUUUUCUUUAUAGAUUAUCCAUCGAUCUCAAUUUUAUUUA